GUCGCUCACUCGCAUCUUUUCAUCAUCUUGCCUCACCUCAGCCGCGAGAUCACCGUCCCGUGUGUGUGCGUGGGUAAUAAUAAUAAUGGAGGGGAGGGGUCGAGAAUGAGAGAGAUGUGCGCCCCGCAGGCAUCUCAUUCAGACGGAGCGGCAGCGGCUCAGCGCGAUGUCACAGCGAGGCGCGCUCACCGCACAUUGAUGUCUCAGCUAAGCAGAUUCAGGAGCCGCCGGUCGUUAGAAUGCGUCCAGGAGCGCGUCCUUCUCCUGCCGGUGCCGUGCAGCCCUCCCGGUGUCUGUGCCUCGUAGUGUUGCUCCACUGUGCCGGGGCUGCUGCUCUCUCUGAAGGCGGUGUUUACAACGGAGAAAAUAAGCAUGGUUCCCUGAGGAGCAUCCUUGAUCACGUACAGAGUUAUGAGAUUACUUAUCCCACAUGGCUGCAUCCUCACAGACACGGGAGGUCUGCCGACAAAGAGCAUCCUGCAGAGACUCAGGUUCUGGUGUCAGCUGAGGGCCGGGAGCUCAAACUACACCUGGAGAGAAACGAGCAGCUGUUGGCCCCUGGAUACCAGGAAAUAUGGUACACUCCCGAUGGAGUCCGCAGGUCAUCCUCUCCGGCCAGCACUAGACACUGUUUCUACCAUGGGGAGGUUCUGGGCAUGAAAGGCUCAAGUGUUGCUGUGAGCACAUGCUCAGGACUCAAGGGACUGAUUUCUCUGAACACAAGCGUCAGCUACCUGAUAGAGCCGCUUCCUGUUUCCAUGGGUGCACAGCAGCACGCUGUGUUCAGAGCUGAGAGUCUCCAUCUACCCGGAGGUAGCUGCCUGCAUCACUAUGGCAACGAGGAGCAUGAGGAGGGGCUUAACGACUUCCUCCAUGGAAUGACGUCACCGCAGAGCGUGAGGGAAAAAAGGGACCUGAGCCAGAAUAUGAAGUACGUGGAGCUGCUGAUGGUGGCAGACAAGGCUGAGUUUGAGAAGCAUGGGAGUAGUCUCCAGAAGACCAAACAGAAAUUACUGGAGGCGGCCAACUUGGUUGACAAGUACUACAAGGCCUUGAGCAUCCGCGUGGCGUUGAUCGGCCUGGAGGUGUGGACCAGCCAGGACAUGAUCAGCGUUUCAGACAACCCUCACAGCACUCUGGCAGCGUUCCUGUCCUGGAGAGGCAAACAGCUCCGCACGCUCCCCAAUGACAACGCUCAGCUCAUCACGGGGAGGGGCUUCCAAGGCACCACCAUUGGGCUGGCACCUCUCAAAGCCAUGUGCUCUGACUACCAGUCCGGUGGAGUGAACACGGACCACUCAGAGUCAGCUGUGGGUGUAGCUGCCACCAUGGCACAUGAGAUGGGCCACAACUUCGGCAUGAGCCACGACAGCACAGGCUGCUGCCAGGCGAAGGCCGAAGACGGAGGUUGUAUCAUGGCGGCUGCUACCGGGCAUCCAUUUCCACGUCUAUUCAAUGGCUGCAACCUGAAGGAGCUGAAGAGCUACCUGAGCUCUGGAGGAGGGAAGUGUCUCUUCAACCUGCCGAACACCAGAUCCAUGUAUGGAGGGCAGCGCUGCGGCAACGGUUACCUGGAGGAUGGAGAAGAAUGUGACUGUGGCGAGGAAGAGGAGUGUACAAGUCCCUGCUGCAACGCCAACAACUGCACUCUGAAAGCUGAAGCUGAGUGUGCUCAUGGCGUCUGCUGUCAUAACUGCAAGUUGAAAAGCCCAGGUGUGCUGUGCCGUGCUCCCUCGGGCUCGUGCGACCUGCCAGAGUACUGCGAUGGGAAGGAAGAGUCUUGUCCCGCUAAUUUCUACUUCGUGGACGGUACGUCGUGUGCAGGCGGGCGGGCCUACUGUUACACCGGCAUGUGUCUGACCCUGGAGCAGCAGUGUCGCUCCCUCUGGGGACGAGAUGGCCGCCCAGCUCCUGACCUGUGUUUUAAGAAGGUAAACGAAGCUGGAGACAUGUACGGGAACUGUGGCAAAGAUCUGUUUGGGAAGUACAGGAGCUGUAAAGAAAGGGAUGCUCAAUGUGGGAAAAUCCAGUGUUUAACAUCAGCAUCGAAGCCCAUUGAGAACAGCGCUGUGCGCAUAGAAACCACUGUCAACGCGGGCAACAAGAAGAUCCAGUGUAUGGGAACACAUGUGUACAAGCCUGGGCAGGGGGACGAGGAGGGGCAGGGGGACACUCUGGACCCAGGCCUGGUUAUGACGGGCACCAUGUGUGGUGUUGACUCGAUUUGCUUUAAUGGAGAAUGCCGCAAUGCAUCUUUCCUCAAAGCUGAUGAGUGCAAUGCCAAGUGCCAUGGACACGGGCUGUGCAACAACAAUCAUAACUGCCACUGUGACGCUGGCUGGGCUCCUCCUCUGUGUGACCAGAAGGGGUCGGGUGGGAGUGUAAACAGUGGACCUGUCAUCAGCCACAGCAAUCUCCUUCCAGUCCUGGUGGUCCUUCCCCUGGUUCUCUUUGUGGUUUUGUGUGCUGUUGGACUCUGGUGCUGCUACAGACAUAAACUCCACCCACUGAAAACCUCUGCUCCAUCUCAAAUGUCAAGUUGUUCAGUCCCGGUCGAGGGCAAGCCUCUGGCAGACGGCCAUGUGAGCGGUCAUGCAAACCCGAUAUUCUUGCUAAAGAAACAAGACUCAGACCACCUGGGGAAGCCCUCUCCUCGUCCAAGCCCGUCCAGACAUGCUUUUGUGCGUCCGGCAGUGAAGCCGCCUCCCGUACCCGCGUAUGCUGCAGAGCAGAAAGAUCAAACACCUCAGCCACAGAUCCAUCCCAUAGACAGACGAUGCUCUCCUCAGGGUUACACUCCACCUUCGGUUAAAUCAGCGCAGCUCACCGAGCAGAGACGAAACCAGGCCCCUCCACCACCUUCAGGACGCCCACCUUUACCUUCCUUGGAUGCCAAAACCCACCCGCAGCAGUCAGUGGAACCCAAGCCCCGACCAGACCCACCAAACAGACCUCCACCACCUUGCCCUGCCAACAGACUAUCAGGGGAACAGCAACAAAUGAAAGGCCUGCAGGUUACCACUAAUGCCCUGCAGAGAGGGAAAGCUGCUUUGGCUCCAUCUGCUGGACAGAAAAAGACAAACAGAAACUAAGAGCUCAAGGAGACGUUGGGGACCACCACUUACAUCCAAUAAUGGACUGCGUCAAACUGUCUUUUUCAAUAUUCGCAGCUGACAAGGAAACUGUAGGAUAUGAUGUAUACUUAACACUCUGUGGUUUACAGUGUACUUACACUCAUGUAUUGAAGGAAAAGUCACAGUACAUAUCACAAUGAGUACAUUUUAAGACUUACAUUUUUUAAGAUUCAUGCUUAAUAUGUGUUUUGUAAAUUAGCGCUAUGUGUCUGCUUUCACAACAUGAAACAGCAAACCGUGUGAAUUAUUUUCCCAAAAGUUAAAGGAAAUGUGAAGUUGUUCCACGUGGGCAGCAGUGUUGAAAACCCGUUCCAGGAGUAUUUAUUUGCAAAAGGAAAAUGCCUGUUUACAAUGUAGCCUGUGUACUAGACAUGGUGUCUCUUUAAGAGCAUCAGCUGUAAAGGGAUAUCUUAUAUUAAGAACAGAUGCCUAUAUUGAAGUGCUUAUGCUUCUUAUCUGUGAAAAAGAAUGGGAUUGCAACUGGACUAAAUGGGACCAGUGAAAGCCCUUCAUGCAUGCUGUAAUAUUUGCUUAUGAUAAGAGAGAUAUAUCUGAUAUGUAGCAGGAAACGGUAGGGUUUGUCAGUUUAUUAGUUUUGUUUUAGUGAUUUUAUAAUGAUGUGGUCUUGCACUUUGAGCAAUCAUUUUAGUGUAAAAUACUCUGAAAGCCUGCAGAAGGUGAGUAUUUGAUGAAGAUGGUGGGUGAUGUAUCACUUUAAGGUGACCAUUUGAACACACACUGAUUCUUAGUUAUGUCACUGACUUCCUCUUUGUCCAUGGCAUCAUUUAAAAUAAUUUCACGUUGGUAAACAAAUGUCAGGUAAACAUAAAAAUUAAAUUUGAA